AGUCAAUGGCCUCCUUCAUGGGAAGUGGGAAGCCAGGUGUUCAUUACUGGGACUACGGCUCCCAUGAAGCAGCGCGGCCGGCCCCCACAUCCGGGUCCUUUCCUCUUCCUCCCGCGAGCCUUAGGGGCCGGGGCGGGCAUUUCCUGCCGCAACCUAAAAGGCUAUUUUCUGGGCCAAUUGGAGGGACAGGUCCGGUGGCCAAUAGGCCUGCAGUCUUGGGCAGAGCCACCCAAUGGGAGCGUGCGUGUCCGGGCGGAGGGGCGGUGCGGACGAGGAGGCAAGUUAGGCUGAGGAGUGGGCUUUUAGAAGUUGCCGUGCGGCGGAGGCAGCGGCGGGGAAGAUGGCAGAUUUUUUGAAAGGCUUACCAGUCUACAACAAAAGCAACUUCAGUAGAUUUCAUGCAGACUCUGUAUGUAAAGCGUCGAACAGAAGACCGUCAGUAUAUCUUCCCACAAGGGAAUAUCCAUCUGAACAAAUCAUAGUAACAGAAAAGACUAACAUACUUUUGCGUUAUCUACAUCAGCAAUGGGACAAAAAGAACGCAGCAAAGAAGAGAGAUCAAGAGCAAGUGGAAAUAGAAGGUGAGAAUUCGGCACCACCACGGAAAAUUGCUCGGACAGACAGCCAGGACAUGAAUGAGGACACUUAAACUCUUGCUCUCUCCUACACUAUUUUGCAGGCGCUUCCUGUUUUGUCUCAAAAUGUGUAAAUUUCCGCGCCCCUUCCCCCCCCCUCCACUAUGCAGCCCAAACCACUUCAGACUUCAUAGGAGCCAGUGUAUUUAUUUUUUCUCCAGUUUUUAUUUAUGCUGUAAAACUUACGGAGCAAUCGAUGGCGGAACAAGUCAGCAAAUGAUGUGGUAUAAAUUUAAUCCUUUUUAAAAAAAAUAUACAUUAUCACUUCUCCAGAUUUCGUUAAACCUGUUGCUUAAUUAACCCAGUUUGCCAUGGAAGCCUGGAGAGGAGACAUGAAUUUACGGCAUGCAAAUUCCAGUGGUAUAGGCUUUCUGAUCCAUAUGCCCACUGGUAUAUUACAGUCGUCAACUCUGUAUUGGCUGUACUCAGUCUAGCAGUAACUGGGGCGGGGGGGGGGCGGUCUCGUCCGCUCUGAAAUGUUAAUUCUAAAAUCAGCAUUGUACUGAGAAAUCCCAGGGGUUAUUUAGGGUUAUGUUGAUCUUAUCAAACGUGGUCAUCUUGAUAGAACAGUUGUGGGUUUUUUGUUCGGCAGCAUAUGUUAUCACACACACCGAUGGUCAUGGAGAAUUCAAGUGACAGGUGUGUUGCUUUGGUUGCUCUUACAUUUUAACAGCCUUUUGGUCUUGAAUGAACUGGUAUGUGCAACUUCUCCAUUGGAAUAAAAAAGGAUACUUUUAUCCUACUGAGUAUUUGAUCAACAGUGUCUUUAAUGGCAGCAGGUGGAAUGGAAUUGGUAGGUCUACCUUGCAAACUUGUUUGUUAAAUUUGAGAAUCAAAUUGGGUACAGCUUGGCCUCUAGAUUGGCUAUUUCCUUUCUCUCAACCAGUGAUUCUGAAAAAUCGUACACUGCAUGACUGGAGCUGAGUCCAGGACUUCUGGAUGCAAAGUAGCUGAACAAAAUGAGCUUCUACAGUCUAUAUUAAAGGCAGACCCUCUUUCAUUUGGACAAUGACAGUUCAGUGCCUGUCACCUGUAACCCUUUGCUGACUAUCUUCAGUAGGAGCCAAAUACAAAAACCCUCAAGAUGUCUAAGUGGAGUCAAAGGAAACCAGCAUAGUUGGUUGAAGGUGUGUGUGUAUCUCACUAUUGACUGUCCAUUGUGCUUUUAAUGUGAAAAGCUGAGUUUGUUGUUUUUAGGUUGAAAUCUAGAUUGUUGCCUUCCGUUGCUCUUUUCCCAGCAUCUCUGCUCAUCAGCAAACUGUAAACAAACUGAGUCCAGAAGCCAUGUGAGCCUCUUUCUAGAAAACCCUGGGUAAGCCUAGUUCUGUAGGGAGUUUGACCAUGGUGGUUAAACUCAGACGAAAGACUUGUGAGGCUCAUGCCGUCACCUUCGCUACUGUGUCCCAGUUAGACCAGGGGACAGAGCUUGCUCAGAAUAAAAGCAUGAUGAGAGUGAAAGCCGUCAGCAGCACAGUUUAUCUUAUGAGACAGGACUUCGUGAGGAGCAGGACAUAGCCUCGCUUAUUGCUCCAUUUUUACAAGUAUGUACAAGGCGCUAAACUCUGAUUCUAAUAUUAGUCAUCUCACUUUUUCAGUGAAGAUUGUUAAGUUACUUAGACCUAAAAUUGUACCUGCCCUUAAAAUAGCUACGUUUUGCUGCAGCAGUGCCCCUCCAGAUUAUCCGGUUAAAACACCAGCUGUGUUGAUGAGGACAAAAAUAUGGUUUUACAAUUUUAUGUGGUCGACUGGCAAUUACAGCUUAACAGAACUCCUUUUCCCAGAGCUGUGCUGCCAAAAAAGAUGCUGGCAUGUGAAAUGCAAGAAGUAAAUGGAAAAUGCUUUGUUAGCUUCAAGGGCAUGUUAAAAGGUUUGUAAGAUACCAAAGGAGGAAAUGGGUGUAGUGCUGAUGACAAAAGUUUAACCAGUGCUGUGAUUUUAGCUACAUUUUGGGAGUUCCAGCCUCGUUUAAGUUAAGUUUAAAUUAAGUUUAAUUCCUUACUAAGACAGAAUUUGGAGCUUUGCUGGCCUCUCUGCUACAGCGAGUGAGGUACCAUUAAAGAGUUGGCAGUUCCAUCCUGUUCGAUACCCCCAUCUUUGUUCCCUUUACAGUAAAUGUGACCUUGCUGGUAGCAGAGCCUUUGAAAUCUUACAAAUAAGGAUUUUUUUGUUUAUUUUACCAAAAAUCUCUGCAAUUCUCACGCUCUUAGAAAAAUUUAUUUGGCAAAGAGAAAAAAAAUAGUUGUCUUUAGUUUCCUGAGAGCAAGUCUGGAGCAAUGGGAGAAAAACCCCCUGUCCAUCCUCAAAAGUUCUUGAGUGUCCUUUCAAUCAGACUAUAGCAUUUUGCUUUUGAUGUUGGCUAUACACAAGCAGCAUGGACUUCUGAUGCUCACAAACAGGUAUCUUUGUUGCAUUUUACUGAAAGUUUUGAUAGUCUUGCUCAACUGGUCAGAGAUAUCUAAUCUGAACUGAAAGCCUCCUCCCUCACCAUCCAGUUUCCAUGCUGCUAACUGCUUGAAAAUGCCACCCUCAAGCUGCCACACGUUCAAAAUGUUUCCACUGCUGUUUAAUACAUGUGUAUCGGGUUUGUGUUGCAUGUGAAAACCCUCCAACCCAACUGACUGUCUGGUGUCUUAGGCAAAUCGUACAUUAAACAGAGAUCCAGAACUUCUCCAACAUUGUUCACUUUGUAUAAUAUGUAGCUCCUCUAAUACUUUCUGAUUAUCCUGUUACAAAGUGACUGGGAUUUAGUGACCCUUAACUGGUAUUUUGUAUAUGUCCGCAUAGUGGUAUUUUUAUUGUUUCUAGUAUUGAUGUAUAUUGUACAAAGUUUUUAUAAAACUUUAGAAGCUUGUCAAAAAGAUCAGAAGAGAAUUUUUGGAGUGACUAGUGUGACUUUUAGCAGAAAUUGGAGCUGCAGGAACAUAUUUCACUCUUUAUUUCAAUGAGAAGUGCAGAGGAUGCUGAAUCCUAGCAAUAGCCUAGCAAGCAUCUGCUCUCCCCUGCAAGGCAGAUUGCUCCUGUACUGGAUAGCAUUGAAGUUUGUGCCGUCUCUCUGUUUAGUAACCCCUCAGUGCGAUUGGAUGUGAUGGGUAAGUCUGUUUCAAUGGUAGCCAUUGCCUUUUUUUUUUCUUUUCUUUUUUUUUAACAAAGACUGGAUGUAGUGGAUGUUAUCACAAGUUUAGUGACUGACAAGGCAAAACCAAAGAUGUCUUAAACUAACUCCAGAUAUCAAGUGUUGACUUCAGAGGAGUGUUUGAAGGGGUUUUAUUCUCUUUACCGCCCUUGACUCAUAAGCAACUUUAAAAGGUAUUCAGGUUUGAAAGGGAAGUUGUUUGUUUAUUUAAAUAAACAAACCCUUGGAACAUGUUCCAUUCCAGUGGUCAUAAGUGGUCACAUCUGCUCUGCAAAGGCCCUAUUUAUUUGUAUUGGUGGUUGGUUCUUCAGACUUGCCGGUUGCUUUAUUUUAUCUGUGUACAUAACUGAACACAGAUAAUGUACACAUUCAGGCCAUUUCCGAGAGCAAACACAGGGACAUACAAAGAGAUACUGCUGAGGGAGAAUGAUCUGUUUUGAGUAAAACUGGCAGGCUGGUAAGGGACACUACUGUUGGUGCUUAGUCUGAAAAUGUUUUCAAAUGCAGUUACGCAUAAGAGCACUGAAUCCAUACCCGGUUACAAACCAAGCUACAAUGGAGAUCAGAAACAUUGUGAAAACCCUGCUGGACGGGGUGUGUUUGUGAGGAAGAAUCGACCAGCUCCCCUGUCUGUUUAAAAUUUUGGUUAGACUAUGACCUAUUUUCCCAGCCUAGACAGUGCCUGAGGGUUUAGCAUAGGUAGGGUAUGUCUAUGCUGCAAUUAAAAACUCACAGCUGGCUUAGCCUAAGGGGCUGUUUAAUUGUGCUGGAGCCCAGGCUCUAGGACCCUGUGGGGUAGGAGGUUCAUAGAGCUCAGGCUGUAGCUCAAACAUCGACACCACAAUUAAACAGCCCCUUAGCCUGAGCCCCACAAGUCCGAUGAGCUGGCAUGAGCCAGCCUUGGGUGUCUAAUUGCAGGGUAAACGUACUCUUUAGAGGGCAGGGUGAAGAUUCACUAGUACUACUAAAAUGGAACUGUGUUGUGACCAGGUUCAGUGGCAACCGCUGGUCCCCUGACACUUGUAGUGUAGAUUGGGCCUUAAGUACCAAACCAUACAAGCUGAAAGCAUGUUCAGAACCAGGUGCUGAGCGUGGUUCCGGCUGACCUGGCAGAGUGGCGUGUAAUUCUUUGAACACUGUUUACUAUGGUCUGGAGCUCCAGAGAAGAUGAGGGCCUAUGUACCAAUCUGUAUGCUAUUUGCAGUGUUCAAAGAAAUCUCUUGUGCAGUCAGUCACUUGGGGUUUUAAGCCUACUGAAUCAAAGUACUGAUUUUUGUUUGCUCUUCUUGGGGGGCUACAGGGUUUAGAAGCUCCCGGAUUCUUGUUGGCUGGUGUCUCUCUUUCUCAAGGCAUCAUGAUUCUUGUGCCUUAUACAGUAAUUCAGUUAACACUUGGACUGUUUCCUGUGUUGAGGCAGAAUUUUGGGGGCUUGCUGGAAAAAUCCUAAAUCUGCUUCUGCAGUAGCUAGGAUUACUUCAGAGGAGCUCAUUUCAGAAUAUACCUUUUGAAAAUAGAUCUGACUAAGUAGAAGCUGAUGUAUAUCAUGGACAGGCCAUUCAAAUGGGCCUCAGUCAUAAGCAAAGCUGCCAUUUACCAUCUAGCAUUAGUAUGUUUAUACCACUAAUGUGACUUUAUUUUUCUGUUUAAAAGAGAUGCGUCUUUUUUUUGGGGGGGGGGGGGGGGUUGUUUUUGUUUUUUGCAACUAUGCUUAUUAUUAUGGCCUUUUCUUUCCCUGAUUUAUUGACUGGCAGCUGGGAAGUCAUGCUACACUAUCGCUUUGACUGGAAGGAUUCUCCGUGAUUGUCUUCUGUAACUUUUGUGUGUUAUAACUUCCGAUGUAUAAAAAGUAUGUGUGAUUUUUGUUUUUAGGGGGCCAUGUGUGGUUGGGGGGGGGGGGUGAGGAUUAGGUUGGUCAACAUGCCCAAUAAAGGAUACUGUAUCAUUUGUUUACUCAAGCACAGACUAUCCUUCAUACCAUAUUGAAUGCACAUUCAGCAAUCUCCACUUGGCUGGUUCACAGAUGUAUGCUUGUCCUCCUUGUAGUGGAGAAUUUAGUCAUGGAAUCUCAUCAAGAGAUUUAUAUGGUUUGGAGCACUGUUUAGUACCACUAACCUGCUGAGAAAUGUGGGACCAAAGCCGCAUUUGCAGGUAGGCUACUUGACUUCCUUACUGCCAAUUGCAAGCUUAUGUAGAGUGGAUGUGCUCAUUAGAACCAUACUACUGGCUCCCUGGAUUACUCCCAUUUUACAUCCACCAGCCUACAUUUCUCAUUUGAGAGGCCAACAGCUUUGUAGCUGUCUCCUGCAUUACUGCAGACCUGUGUGUUCAUGGAUGUAUGUGGAUUCUUCAGUGGAGUUCAACAUCACACUAGCAACAUUAGAGUUGAACUUACAUUUCUUUUCUAUUCAUUCUAAUUUCCUUGUUACAAGAUUGGGAUGAAUAUUUCCUUUGGGUGUAGAGAGGGCUGAGCUUGGUCUGUACAAGACAGCAACUUUGUAAUUAUGACUUUAAAAGUGGGAAUGGACAAACGCCAACCUUCCCAUUUGUUCUGCACUAAGAUUUUAUUUUAUUUUUUUAAAACAAAGCUUCUCUGCUCCCUGCCUGUGCCUGGAUGUGGUGAGUGUAAAGAUUAAUCAUAUGUACAGAUUGGCCUUUUCAUUCAAACUGGUGCAAUUCCAGUGAUGAUUCUUGGGUUCUGUAGAAGGGAAAACUACUACUGAAGGUCUGAAUGUUUUUUGGAGGAGUCCUGGUGGACUUAAUCCUUUUAUGACUGAGUUCAGCUUUUAUCAGUGUAAACCUGGGAGUCGCUAAUCAGCUGGAGGGAUAAAAGGGCCAUGUUGUUAAAACUUUUGCUUUUUUCAACUAAAAAUUAACUGAUGGCAGAGGUGGGGUGGUUGAGGAAAUCAAAUGGCAUGAGUCAACCCGCACCUCUGUGGUCCUGAGUUCUAACGCUGUUCAGGCCACCUGUGUACAAAUGAAGUUUUGUGUGGCACUAUCUUUUUGUCUCCUCUACCAGACAAGCACACACUUCAACUCAAUUGGCAUUCUGUGGUGAGAGAUGAACAUCCAGACUAGAAUAGCCAUCAUGCUGGGAGGAUGAAUCUGCCUUAACAAUGAGCUGUGCAUGGUGGGGAGGUUAGCCUGCGCUAUAUCUGGCUGGAGUUACUGCUUUGGCGCUCUCACGUCCAUGAAAAAAUUUAGUUUUGAGGGUGAAUGGAAAUCCUCUUGCUGAGUAUAUAGUCCAUGACUUUUCACUGGCCAGCUCGUUGCUUCCCAUAUUAUGAAUACUACAUUGAUAACUGGUCCCUGUAGCUGUCCAGUGCACCCCAGUGCUGUAAUCUUGUGGUUGGUUGUUUAUAACACAAAUCUAAAUGUGCUUUUCUUCCUUUCGGAAGUGGGGGGAUAUCUAACAGUGUAAUUAGUCAAAUACUCCUUCCUUGCUUUGCUAAGUAAUGUGUGUAUAAAGAUGGAUAUCUUCAUCCCUGAGAUACUAGCAAAGAUUGGCCAUUUAGUUAUUUAAAUACACAUGCAUACUUGUUGGACGAGGGCAGAGUAAACUACUUCACUCGCUAGCCACCUGCUUUGUUCUGCGAUGAUGGCUGUCUAGCUUGGAUUGCAGAAGAGUCCUGACAAAAAUGGAUAUUGAUUCUUCACUUAGAAGAAGUUGCAGAAAAUACUGCCAUGCAAUCUGAAGGAACGAUCCGUGGUGCUUAUCAGCACUGUGUCACCGUGCACAGUACGGCUUGGCUGGACUUUCAAAUACAUGUGUUUCUUACGACUUAGUGCAAUGUGUAUAGUUAAAAAGUUAAAAAGGCUUUACUGGGUUUUUUAUUAAGACUAAUCUUAGUCUCCUUGGUCAGUUGCAUGUAACAGAUGAAUGUAUGGGAUUGGGCCUUAUCUUUCUAGCCAUCCCAGAUUGCUUUUACGUCCGUUACAGUCUGUCUGGAAUACAAAAUCCCAGGGUGAUUUUUUGGCAAUACACAGUGUAUCCCUUGGAGCCUGUAUUACUUACAGCCUGUCCUUCUGCUUGUGGACAAAUACCUGCUGAGUUCCAACUCUGCCUCUUCCCCCUUACUCUCUUUGCAAACACUGUGUCUGUGGGGCAGGGGGCAAUGUGUUCUCCUGAGGAGUUGUGUGGCGAUAGAGGGGCUGCUGUAAUGGAGCGACUGUAAAUAUUCUGUUCUAGUUGAAUGUCACAGCUGUUGGAUUUUGCAUUUAUUUUUAAACUAUUUCAUGUUUGAUACUGUGUAUAAUAAAUUUGCAGAAAUUA